AUGGGCAUGGGCGAGUGGAACGGUGCGUGGUCCGACGGUUCGAAAGAAUGGAAUGCAUACUGGCUAGAAAAGCUCGACCACCGCUUCGGCAACGACGGUCUAUUCUGGAUGUCCUACGACGACCUCUGCAAGCGAUUCGAUCUGCUCGACCGAACGCGCCUAUUCGACAAUGAGUGGACGGUCGUUCAAAGCUGGACUAGUGUGAGUGUGGCCUGGGUCACAGGCUAUCUCAACACCAAAUUCGUGAUAGAGAUCAAGAAGGCUGGACCCACGGUUUUCGUGCUCUCCCAGCUUGACGACCGAUAUUUCCGUGGCCUCAACGGCAAAUACAAUUUCGACUUGCACUUUGUGCUGCAGGAAGAAGGUGCGUCGUCUGGAGAUCACAUCGUCCGCGCGAGAGGCGCCUGGUUUGGGAACAGGUCUGUCUCUGCAGAAGUCACGCUCCAGCCUGGGAAGUACGAUAUUGUACCCAAGGUUGUCGCUAAACGCUAUUCCGAUGAGCCAGACGUCUACGAUGUGGUUACUAAGGUCGCGGAUCGCAAUCCCCAGAAGCUGAGGCAGAUCGGGAUGAACUACGACAUCGCUAAUGCUAAGGGAACUGUGCAGUUGUCGGCAGAGGAAAAGAAGAAGAAAGAAGAAAAGAAGAAGGCGGCUGAAGAGAAAAAGAAGAAGGAGAAAGAGGAGGCCGAGAAGGAGAAGGUCGAGUUUGAGACAUGGAAGAAGGAAAAGAGGGAACGGGAAGAGAAGGGGAAAGCUGGAAAGGAGACGGUUGCAGGCGAAGACAAGAAGGCAGACACAACGCAGGAUGAGUCGAAGACUGUUGACACGAAGGACAACGAGCCAAAGCCUGCUUCCGACCAGCCAAACCAGGAAGCGGCGAAGGACACCACCGUAGUAGACACCGAGGGUCCUAACAAAGCUGAAGAGAUGACCGGCGGCGAAAUUCCAUUACGAUCAAAAAACGAUCAUGCCCCAGACGACGCGCCCAAAGACGCACCUCCAUCCGUCAAAUCCCCCACGGCCACUGGUUCCGCUCUAGCUCACCUCACACGCCCACCACCCUCCGCAUACGGUGGCAGCUUCGCCUCCGGGCCACCAUCCCCAGUUCUACCUCCUCCACGUCCCCUCUACUUCGCCGACGACGCCGGCCCAGUCCCGCCUCCGGUAAUACCUCCUGUCCCGGAAAGCGAGAAGAAGUGGAACGCGAUUUGCGUUCUGGGCCUGCGGGUGUACAGUCAGGAUCCCGCGGUCAGCAUUAAGCUCGUGAAGCCGAAAGAUGAUGAAGAGGGCGCGUUACUGGAUGUGGAUGGAGCGCAGGCGGGGGCGACGAUGGCGUGA